CUUUCAUCUACAGCAACCCUCUUUUCUCUCCCCCUUUCCCUUACUGUUGAGUGCCACAGCACUCCACUACCUUUUUCUCCCUCAGCUUUAUUCUCUCUCUCUCUCUAUCUGUGACUCUGUGAAGCAAGCAGGAGCUGAAUUAUGACUCUUGAAGAGUCCUUAAGAUCUCUGUCUUUGGAUUAUCUGAAUCUGCUCAUCAACGGCCAGGCUUUCAGCGACGUAACCUUCAGCGUGGAGGGGAGGCUGGUCCAUGCCCACAGGUGCAUCUUAGCUGCCCGGAGCCUCUUCUUCAGGAAAUUCUUCUGCGGCCCGGACUCCCCCGGCGCCGGGGGCGCGUCGUCCUCCCCGCCGGCGGCGGUGAUUCCGGUGAACUCCGUCGGGUACGAGGUUUUCUUGCUCAUGCUUCAGUUCUUGUACAGCGGCCAGGUGUCUGUUGUGCCGCAGAAGCACGAGCCCAGACCUAACUGCGGGGAGAGGGCGUGCUGGCACACCCAUUGCUCCUCCGCCGUCGAUCUUGCCCUCGACACCCUCUCCGCCGCUAGAUCUUUCGGCGUCGAACAGCUGGCUUUGCUCACCCAGAAGCAAUUGGCAAGCAUGGUGGAGAAGGCUUCCAUUGAGGAUGUGAUGAAGGUUUUGAUAGCUUCAAGGAAACAAGACAUGCAGCAGCUUUGGACCACUUGCUCACAACUGGUUGCUAAAUCUGGGCUCCCUCCAGAAGUGUUAGCCAAACACCUCCCCAUUGAGGUUGUGGCCAAAAUCGAAGAGCUCCGCGUCAAGUUCUCCAUUGCGCGGCGCUCUCUAUUUUCUCACCAUCACCAACACCACCACCAUGACAUGAGCUCGGCGGCCGAAAUGGAGGACCAUAAGAUCCGACGCAUGCGUCGUGCCCUCGACUCAUCGGACGUCGAGCUCGUCAAGCUCAUGGUGAUGGGAGAAGGGUUGAACCUCGACGAGGCGUUGGCCUUGCAUUACGCUGUUGAGAAUUGUAGCCGAGAGGUGGUGAAGGCCCUGCUCGAGCUCGGCGCGGCUGAUGUGGACUACCCGGCUGGACCCGCAGGGAAGACUCCGCUUCACGUGGCCGCCGAGAUGGUGUCGCCGGACAUGGUGUCUGUCCUUCUUGACCACCACGCUGACCCUAAUGUCAGAACCGUAGAUGGAAUCACGCCACUAGAUAUCCUCCGAACCCUAACCUCAGAUUUUCUGUUCAAAGGAGCCGUCCCUGGGCUGGCUCGCGUCGAGCCGAAUAAGCUGCGGCUUUGCCUAGAGCUAGUCCAAUCAGCCGCUAUGGUCAUUUCACGUGAAGAAGGGAACGACGCCGCCGCCGCCGCCGCCAACCAAACCUCAGGCGCCGUAUAUCAGCCAAUCAGCGAAGAGCAGGGGGGCAAUAUGGGAAGCAGCCUAAACCUGGAUUCAAGAUCCAUGGUGUACCUUAACCUAGGAGCCGCCGGUCAGCAUCAAAUGAACGACGGAGACGAGAGCAGCCGCCGCCAAAGCCAGAGCCGAAAUAGCGGAUGCUGCAAUCCACCUUCAAUGUAUCACCAUUCUCAUCAUCAUGAGUAUUGAGUGUUACAUCACGUCGCUGCUGACCUCCAAUACAAUCAAUGAAUUGAAAUAUUUACUCCCUCCGUCCCUUAUAACUUUGCCAACUUUCCUUUUUUGGAUGUCCCAUUAACUUUGCCACUUUCCCAUUUAAGUAAAGAAUUUGUGCUUCCAGUUAAUUCUCUCUCCUCUGCACAAACCUCAACCACACAGUUUUUACUUUAUUAAUCCCCGUGCCGGUCAAACUUGGCAAAGUUAUUAGGGACGGAGGGAGUAUUUAUUAAUUAGCCACACUAUCCACGCUCGAAUUCUUGGGUUUUUGUAUUAGAAAACGUUAAUUAGCUUUUUUUUUUGAAAGAACAUUAAUUAGCUAUAUAUUCCAUUCGUAUAAUUUGAUUAUCAUCAUCAUUAUCAAUAGGAUGGAACUGGUGCUUAAAAAUAGUCACAAC